AUGAAGUUCUUCUCAGUUUCAAGAUUGAUCAAGCUGCUGGGGACCAGAAAAGUCUUGCAGCAGUUCAAGCUCUUCUUUUGUCUCAGGGCCACCUCUACUGCAGAUAUUCCUUGGGUUGCUCUGAUUGGUCAAUCUGUUUCUAUUGCUGCGGCACAGGCUGGAUCUAUUGGAUCUGAAAGUUCACUUGAAACAGCAUGGAGAGCUGAGACUGAAAGUCUUAAAACUAUACUUACUGGAGCUCCACAAAAUAAGCUCGGAAGAUUUGCGUUAGUUGAUACACUUCCCAAGCAAAUCUGGAGUAGAAUGAAGCUCAGACUGCCAAACCGUCUUUCAGGGUUGCUUGUAAAUCCUAUGAAGAGUAGUUUGGUAUGUCAAAGGAAGCAACUAAACCAAUAAGGUCAAGAUGCAUAUGGGUUUUGGCCAGAAGAGGUUUCCUUUCUUAUUAAAUACAUUUUUAGUCUUGAAACUUUGCC